AAUUGUGAGAAGUCGCUUACUCAUGAAUGUUUGGAGAGGUUGGUUCCAAAUGAAGAUCUUCAAGCCAAAAUUGUUAAUGAGGUGUCCAUUUGGGAAUUAGGACGAGGACUAUUUAGCAGUUCAUUUGCGAAGAAGUAACGAGGCGUUAAACCCCAGUUGAUUGGUGGACAUCUUUCCGUGCCAAUGCUCCCCAUUUAAAGGAAUUUGCAAUUAAGCUUCUUAGCUUAACAACAAGUGCAUCGGGAUGUGAGAGGAACUGGAGUGUAUUUGAGCAUUUGCAUUCGAAGAGGAGAAGUCGUCUAGAAUACAACCGCCUCAAUGAUUUGGUAUUCGUUAAGUACAAUAGGGCUUUGAAGCGUCGCUGGGAAAUGCGUGACUCUAUAAAUCCUAUUUGCUUGGAUUACAUAGACAUGGCAAAUGAAUGGUUGACCGGUGAAGUUGACGAUGCAAAUGAAGAGUUGGUCUUUGCUGAUGGAGAUGAUUUGACUUGGGGAGAUGUUGCGAAGUUUUCUGGUGUACAUGAUACCCCGUAUUCUCUUAGACGCAAUUCUAAAGGGAAAGAUAAAGCAGAAAGUUCCAAGUCUAAGGGAAAAGAGAAAGCAUCCACCCGUAGACUCGUUGAUGAAGAUGAGGACGAAGAUGAAGAGGAUGCGGGAGUCUAUGAUGAUGACAGUGAGGACUUUGAUACCUUACUUAUGGACGAAGAAGAACAAGACCAGUUUGACGACGAGGAUGAUGAGUUGAUGGAAUGAGGAAGAUUCUAAGAACCGUUUUUAAUGAAACUAUGAAAUUGUGUGAUGAAUUUUUUUUUUCUUUAUGCCACACUAGUAUUUCCUUUAUGACUUUUAUGAUUAAUUAUGUGUUUUUGUGUGAUUUUGUGAUGAAUGUUUUGAAACUUUAUGCUGAACUAGUAUUAUUUUGAUUGACGUUUAU